AGUCACGUGACAAUGUGGAUGUGAUCAUGGUUGAUGGACCUAGUCAAAGGCCGAAACAAGCAGCUUUUACUCCCCGGAUACCUCUUACGUUUACGUUACACGUAGUGGAAUUAAUUGUAGGGACUCGUGGAUUGGAAACAUCAUGUCGUGGUUAAAAUCAGUGUCAUCCAGCGAAGAUGUCUUCGAAGAGGAUGUGGAUGACAUUAGUCUUCAAAACAAAGAAUGGAAUUACAACAUGGAAAAACGCGCAAAGGAUGGUUUCAGAGAUGGAAGUGAUGCAGGGAAACAAGCCUCACUGCAGGUUGGUUUCAACACGGGAUACAGAGAAGGAGCCCAAAAAAUGAGAGUCAUCGGUCAACUUAAAGGAAUCAUGAGUGCUGUGCGGUGCUGGUGUCAAGUUCAGCUGCCUGGAAGCCCAGCUUUAGCAUCUGUUACUGAUAUGCUCCUGAGAGUGGAGAUACAUGAGGACAAACUAGUGGAGGCCAUGAGAAAAGCCCAGGAAAGGUCUCCACCCAGUGUGGCUGAGAUGGUGGAUGACAUGGAGGACCUAAACGUCAAGCAAAGUGACCGGGGUGCAGAGUCUGGCUGCUGCAAUAAGGAUGGGGACUGUUCUGGGAGAGAUGGAGCGAAUGAGCGCUGCAGUAACAUCAAAGACACGAGUGAAGACUCAUCAAGGAGUUCUUUCUCUAUAGGAGAUAAUUUUGAACAGCUGCUGAAGAGUUGCUUGGACUUAGUUACAGAAUUAGGGCUGCCCGAAGAGCUAAAACUUCAUAUUCAGCAGCUCACAGACACAUGAAGUGGAUUAGGGCCUGUUUGUGGUGAUCAUUGCCUCAAAAUAUGGGUGUCUGAUUAACAUCCUGUUUGGGCAGGAAAUAGGCUACAAGCAAAUUUUUGGAAAGAAAAUAGACUGUUUAUUAGUUGACCUAAAUAGAUUGAAAACUGGGGUGCGAUUUUGUUUUUAUUUCACUGCUGUGAUUCUGUUGAGUCGCUGGAAUGGUAACGUAACAUUUUACAAUCUUUUGCUCCUCCAUAUAAUAUGAAUCCAAAUGCAUUGUGAGAAGAUUACCUGUUCACUGUUAUGAAGUGAUGUUGAAAAAAAUACUCAAAACACUUAAUUUCACUAAAUAAAGGUUCAUUUUUCAGAA